AUGAACUCCACCGAGUAUACAAGAACAAAAAAGGUUAGGGGGCAUACUAGGAAAAGCUGCCCAGAUUUGAAAAAGAAUGAUGGCAAGGAGAGUGAAAGACCCUCAGGUGGGCAGAAGCGAGCAGCACCCAAACAAUGGGGCAGACUGCACAAACGGGUUGCAGUUGAACCUUUGCCUGAUGAUAUGGGUAAGCAAAAGGAAAGAGGCAGGAAAGGACUCCCGAACAGUCAAUGUCAAUACUGCAAACACAGGGGACACAAACCAGAGUGUUGUCCAGCACUAAAAAUGAGAUUGGAAAAGAAGAAGGAAGCAACCAAGCAAGACAAGGUCAGGAAUAAGGAAAAAACAAGCAAUCAACGGAGGAGAUUCUGUAAGUUUGAAGCAGUUUCUGGAAAAUGA